AUGCCGGCACAAUCUGUUCCAGAUCAAGAUUCCUACUGUGACGAGAAGCACGAUCUUGGUUAUGGCAAUGUCAUCAAUUGCACCAUAAUCGACAAUACUUGGCACGUCACUCAAAUUGAUCUAUCCAACAACAACAUUCAAGGUGACAUUCCUCCCGCACUGGGGAAUUUAUCUCAUCUUACUUAUCUAGCCCUCUCAUCCAGUAAGUUGACUGGGUCAAUACCUCCGAGUUUGGGGAAUUUAUCUCAUCUUACUCACCUAGACCUCUCAUCCAAUAAGUUGACUGGGUCAAUACCUCCGAGUUUGGGGAAUUUAUCUCAUCUUAUUCACCUAGACCUCUCAUCGAAUAAGUUGACUGGGUCAAUACCUCCAAGUUUGGGGAAUUUGAAGAACCUAAUCAUACUCUACCUGUUUGUUAACUUUCUAAGUGACAACAUCCCUCCAACUCUUGGUGAUCUAUCAUCUCUGGGACAAAUGGACUUAUCGUAUAAUAGGUUAUCAGGCUCAAUUCCGGGUGAACUUGGCAAACUUAGCAAACUCGAGGACUUGGAUUUGACUGAGAAUGAACUAAACGGUUCACUUCCAAAAGAACUUGGAAAAUUAAGCAAUCUUCGGUUUCUCUAUUUUUCAUCCAACUAUUUCACUGGGAAUUUACCCGACGAGUAUCAAAAUAUUGCGGCCAUGGAUUCUUUUGGCGUCGGCGGGAACAGUUUGACGGGUCCGUUUCCGAAAUUCGUUACUAAAUGGGUCAAUCUCUCUUACCUAAAUCUUAUGGGAAACAAUUUUGAAGGGAAACUGCCUGAAGAAAUUUUUACAAUGACAAAUCUUCGGACUUUGAUGGUUAGUGAUCUGAAGAACAACGGUUCUCAGUUACCAACGCCAAUUAACUUGAGAAACAUGCGUACUCUGGUACUGCGGAACUGCAAUAUUAUCGGUCAAAUCCCAUCAAAUAUAGCUGAUCAAAAUAAAUAUUGGGGCCGACUUGACUUGAGCUUCAACAAAUUUACUGGUGUGAUCCCAGAUUCUCUUCUGAACCUGAAUUCAAGUAGUAGCAUGUUUCUCUCCGGAAAUGUGAUCAAUCAGAAAAUUCUCCACUGGAUUAAUAACACAGUGACAUCUAAGAGGGGUAUUUCAUUCAAUAAUUUUACAACUGAAGAAGCAGCAGCAAAGAAGGAUAUUUCACACAAUAAUUUGGCUGAAGCAGUAAGGAACAAUGUGUAAGGAAAUAGAAAUACUGAAUCAAUCUCCACUGUUCC